CUCCCAAGCACUGAGGCGGCCCCAGCUCCCAAGGGGCUGAAGAAGCUGGAGCUGAGGCCAGGGGGGCAGGAGCCAAGCUCUUGCAGGCCCCCCGUCCCUCCUCAGGAAGCAUGAACAGGAAAGACAGCAAGAGGAAGUCCCAUCAGGAAUGCCCGGGGAAGACAGUAGGGCGGUGCCGGCCCCGGCAGACCCGCCGCUACAAGACGUGCCCCAGCCCCCGGGAAAUCAGCAAGGCUGUGGCUUCCAUGGCCCUGGGUGUGUUGAAGGAGGGCUGCAGCGAAGAAGAGCUGCUGGAGAAAUGCAUCCAGUCCUUCGACUCAGCUGGCAACCUGUGCCGCGGGGACCACGUCCUCAACAUGGUGCUGGCCAUGCAUAACUGGGUGCUGCCUUCUGCUGACUUUGCUGCCCGUCUGCUGACCUUGUACCAGCAGGCUGCGGGGCACACACAGGAGCUGAGGCGGCUGCAGAUCUGCCACUUGGUAAGGUACUGGAUGACCCAACACCCAGAGGCAGUGCACCAGGAGCCCCGGCUAGAAGAGGUUAUAGGUCGCUUCUGGGCCACCGUCGAUCAGGAAGGAGGCUCAGCCCAGAGGCGCCUGGGGGGCUCCUCCAACCUCCUGUGCCCUGGUGGCCCUGGCCCCCCGCCCCCCAUGAGCAGUCCAAGCCUGGGCAAAAAACAUAAAGUGUCCUUGCUUUUCGACCACCUGGAGACAGGGGAGCUGGCUCAGCACCUCACAUACCUGGAGUUCCGGUCCUUCCAGGCUAUCACGCCCCAGGACCUGCGGGGCUAUGUCUUGCAGGGCUCCGUGCGGGGCUGCCCGGCCCUGGAGGGUUCCGUAGGCCUCAGCAACAGCGUGUCCCGCUGGGUGCAGGUCAUGGUGCUGAGCCGGCCGGGGCCCGCGCAGCGCGCGCAGGUGCUGGACAAGUUCAUCCACGUGGCUCAGAAGCUCCACCAGCUGCAGAAUUUCAACACGCUGAUGGCAGUCACGGGGGGCCUGUGUCAUAGCGCCAUCUCCAGACUCAAGGACUCCCACGCCCACCUGAGCCCUGAGAGUACCAAGGCCCUGCUGGAGCUGACCGAGCUCCUUGCCUCCCACAACAACUAUGCCUGCUACCGCCGUACCUGGGCCAGCUCUACAGGCUUCCGGCUGCCUGUACUGGGUGUGCACCUCAAGGACCUGGUAUCCCUGCACGAGGCACAGCCUGACAGGCUGCCUGACGGCCGCCUGCACCUGCCCAAGCUUAACAGCCUCUACCUGCGGCUACAGGAGCUGGCAGCCCUCCAAGGGCAGCAUCCACCCUGCAGCGCCAACGAGGACCUGCUGCAUCUGCUCACGCUUUCUCUGGAUCUCUUCUACACGGAGGAUGAGAUCUACGAGCUUUCUUAUGCCCGGGAGCCUCGCUGUCCUAAGAGUCUGCCACCUUCCCCUUUCAAAGCACCCCUGGUGGUGGAGUGGGCCCCCGGCGUGACGCCCAAGCCUGACAGGGUCACCCUGGGUCUGCAUGUGGAGCAGCUGGUGGAGUCUGUGUUCAAGAACUAUGACCCUGAAGGCCGAGGAACCAUCUCUCAGGAGGACUUUGAGCGACUCUCAGGCAACUUCCCCUUUGCCUGCCAUGGGCUUCACCCACCCCCUCGCCAGGGGAGUGGCUCAUUCAGCCGAGAGGAGCUGACGGGCUACCUGCUCCGGGCCAGUGCCAUCUGCUCCAAGCUGGGCCUGGCCUUCCUGCAUGCCUUCCAUGAGGUCACCUUCCGCAAGCCCACUUUCUGUGACAGCUGCAGUGGCUUCCUCUGGGGUGUCACCAAGCAAGGCUACCGCUGUCGGGACUGUGGGAUGUGCUGCCACAAACACUGCAGAGACCAAGUGAAGGUGGAGUGCAAGAAGAGGCCAGCAGCCAAGGGCGAUGCGGGACCCCCGGGGGCCCCAGUCCCACUCACAUCAGUUCCCCAAGCCAGCUCUGGCUCCGAGGAAAAUCUCUCCUAUGCACUAUCCCUGGAAUCAGAGACUGUGUCCCACCUCCGCCAUGCCUGGACGCAGACAGAGCCCUCACACUCUUCCUGGGCACCAGACAUGGUCCCCUUCCCAGCGGCAGCCCCACCAUUCACCCAGUCCUCCAAGCCCAAUUCCUAGACAUCAUCUUGGUCUCCUCUCUCCCUUGCUCCCAUCCCCAAAGUCAGUCAUCAAGUCCUCUUAUUCUGCCUCCAGCAGAACUCCCAAACGCAUCGCCUCCAUUCCAUCCAUUGCCUUAGUUGAAGCUUCCAUCAUCUCUUACUCUGAAAAUUUUUUUUUUCUUUUGCAUAAUGGUGGCUAUUUGUCAUAUUCCUUCUCCUAACCACUGAGUAUUUGUGCAGCUGUUUUGGAGACGCUUAGACAAACACAUCUUCUCACUAACUCCUUAUAAUCUCUGUUCUUCACUGAAGAGGAAAUCGAGGCUCCGAGAGGUUAAGCUGCUUGCCCACAGUGGCAGAGCUAAGUGUUGGAGGCAGGACUCAAACCCAGGUGUUCAUCUGCCUCUAAAACUGAAGCUCCUAACCAAUUUGCCAUGCAGUCAGUCAGAAUGGGUCCGGAGGGGCCAGGGAUAGGGUGUACAGAGUUCCAAACUCCUGGGUUCCAGAGAGGGGAGAGGAGGCAGCUAGGAAGGGGGAUAUAACAGGGAGCCUGGGGACCCAAUCACAUCAUGGCCUUCCUCUCCCAGCGCCACUGGUGGUUCUGUCCUACUCAGAGUAAAAGCCAAAGGCCUCACUGUGGCCCUCAAAGCCCCACAAAUCUGCCCCAUCACCUUUCUGACAUUACCUCUCACCAUUUGCCCCAUCACUCAACCUGCUUCAGCCACACUGGCCUCCUUGGCAUUCCUUGAACAUGCUAAGAAUACUCCUACCUCAGGGCCACUGACUGGCUGUUCCCUCUGCCUAACACUCUGCCCCAGAGGCCCAUAUGGCUCCCUCUUUGGGACUCUGCUCAACUGACACCUUCUCAGUGAGGCCUGAGAUUGUAACCCCUCAGUUACAAUUUCCCCACAGUCCUGACUGUCCCUCCCUGCUUUAUUUUUCUCCACAGUACUUAUCCCCAGUUGACAAACUAGAUUAUCUUAUCUCUUUACCUUCUUUUAUGCCUGCCUU